AUGGAUGCAGAGGAUGUUCUGCAGGAUGAGGACCCGGACGUCUCGUGGACGCUCUUGUCCUGGCUGGCGUCCUGCGUCAUGGUGUUCGGGGGGGCCCUGCCCUACGUGCCGCAGUACCAGGAUAUCCAGAGGAGCUCCAACACUGAGGGCUUCUCCACCCGAGUGUGCCUGGUGCUGCUCGUCGCCAACAUCCUGCGCAUAUUCUUCUGGAUAGGAAAACAGUUUGAGAUGACCCUGCUGCUCCAGAGCGUGGUGAUGAUCCUCGCCAUGUUCGCCAUGCUCCACCUCUGCUGCACGGUCCACAACACCAACCGAGUGAGCACCAGACAGCACAGAUUCACAGAUUUGGACUUUCGCUACUUCUGGAAGUGGAGUGCGUUCGAGGACUACCUGCUCUUCUGUUUCGGCCUCACCGUGCUGUGUGCCGUGGUCACGCUGCUGCUGCUCGACUCGCCCGUGUUCGUGGAGGCGCUGGGCUCCCUGGCUGUGAUGUUCGAGGCCAUGCUGGGCUUCCCGCAGCUCCUGCAAAACUUCCACAACCGCUCCACCAAAGGCAUGAGUGUGAAGAUGGUGCUGCUGUGGACGGCGGGCGACCUCUUCAAGACCGCCUACUUUGUGCUGAGCGGAAGCCCUUCUCAGUUCUGGGUGUGCAGCUCGGUCCAGAUCCUGAUCGAUGCGGUGAUCCUCCUCCAGGUGCCGUUCUACAACCACGACCCACGGGCCAAGCUCGGCUGAACCCACGUGUUUCUCUGGGCUUUUUUAAAAACAACCGGGAGUGAAAGAAGAGAAGCUAAGUGCCACAACAUGGAGGAAAAACCAAAGUCGGUGUGUAGAUUAGUUUUGGAAGUCAGCCUUUUAGUAAAAUAUCCUCUCUAGUAUCAUGCAGAACCAACCAAAGAACCAUUAAAUCAAUUAAAAUUUCUUUAAGUCACUUUUAUAACAGCAGCUGCAAUAAACUCUCCUGCACUGGAAUCUACCGCCUGACUGAUGAGCCUCCAGCUUCCCACUCCACAUUGCUCUGAUGGUCCUCAUGAUAUAUUGUGUGUGUGUGUGUUUGUGUGU